CCUGCCGUGAAUUCUCAACCAUGCCUUCCACGCCUUGCUCUCCAGCAAACCACCGCUGCGUCGACAUCCAUCCGGCGCGAAGCGAGGACAACGAUGACCUCGGCAGCCUCAGAGGCUGGCAGUCGACCGAUAGGGCCACCAUGCCCCCGCCGGGAGGUGGCGUGCAGGCAGCGGAGAGGAGGCAGAAGCACCACAGCAGGUCGUUUAGCCGGCAAAUUUCGUUGGAGAGCGCGCGCAUGUCCCGGGAAGGCCGGCGGUCUUUGCCGCGGAGUGGAAAGAGCUUGGGAGGGGGAGCCUGCGUGGAUGGCGGACUGAGGAAGGGUGAUUUUAGCAUGUUCCGGACGAAGUCGGGGCUUGGAGUGGUGGCCGCGGCGAGGAAAGAGAACGAGGCGGGUCCGAAUAAUCACGCCGGCGAGGGUGGUGCUCUGCACGGAGCCAGGGCGGAGGAGUCCAGGGUCAGUGACAGCGUCCCUGCGGGGAGGUACUUCGCGGCGCUCCGGGGGCCGGAGCUGGACCAAGUUAGGGAUUCCGAGGACAUUCUGCUGCCCAAAGACGAGGUUUGGCCGUUCCUGCUCCGCUUCCCCAUCGGCUGUUUCGGCAUCUGCCUUGGCCUCGGCACGCAGGCCAUCCUCUGGGGCGCCCUCGCUUCCAGCUCUGCCAUGGCCUUCCUCCACGUCUCCCCUGCCAUCAAUCUCGCCAUCUGGCUCCUCGCUCUCGCUGCCUUCGUCUCCGUGUCCGUCACCUACGCCUUCAAAUGCGUCUUCUACUUCGAGGCCAUCCGCCGCGAGUACUUCCACCCCGUCCGAGUCAACUUUUUCUUUGCCCCCUCGAUCGCCUGCAUGUUCCUCGCCAUCGGCGCCCCGCCGCGGAUGAGGCCCUUCUUCCUCCACCCCGCCACGUGGUGCGUCCUCAUCGCGCCCGUCAUCCUGCUCGAGCUAAAGAUCUACGGCCAGUGGCUGUCCGGCGGGAAGCGACGCCUCUGCAAGGUGGCCAACCCCUCCUCCCACCUCUCGGUCGUCGGCAACUUCGUCGGCGCGAUCCUGGCGGCCAGGGUAGGAUGGCAGGAGGCCGGUAAGUUCCUAUGGGCCGUGGGCCUGGCCCACUAUCUCUGCGUGUUCGUGACGCUCUACCAGCGGCUGACCACCAGCGAGGCCCUGCCCAAGGAGCUGCACCCCGUCUACUCCAUGUUCAUCGCCACGCCAUCCGCCGCUAGCAUCGCCUGGGCCACCAUAUACGGCGAGUUCGACGCCGUGUCGAGGACCUUCUACUUCAUCGCGCUCUUCCUCUACUGCUCCCUAUUCGUGCGCAUCAAUUUCUUCAGGGGAUUCAAGUUCUCGGUGGCUUGGUGGUCGUACACGUUCCCGAUGACGACGGCGUCGCUGGCUACCAUCAAAUACGCGGAGGCGGUGCCGAGCUUCUUCAGCAAGGCCCUGGCGCUGAGCCUGUCGCUCAUGUCGUCCACCAUCGUGUCGCUGCUGCUGGUCUCCACGCUGCUCCAUGCGUUUGUGUGGAAAUCCUUAUUCCCCAACGACCUCGCCAUAGCCAUUACCAUUACCAAGGACAGGAAUGGGGCGACGAAGCGGAGCAAGGCGGCCAAUAAGAGCUACGACAUCAAGCGCUGGGCGAUGCAGUCGCCGUUGGCCCUUGUCUCUUCCAUCAGAAGGGGCGGUUCCGAACAGGAGGAAUUAGAGACGAACUAGGAAAAAAAAGCCCCGCCCAAAAAUAAAUUUAUAUAUAUGAACCCAAAAAAAAAAAAACAGAAAAUAUUAUAUUAUGUAUAAACAGGUGGACGGGCUAUGUUAAUGUUCAAUCCAUAUAGAUUGUGAUUUACAUGUA